AAAAAAAAUGGAUGGUUCUGUGAAAUAUUUGUGGUCUGCUGCUACAAAAUUACCCAAUUCUUCGGUAUCCCUUCAACUUCUUAAGGCACAUUAUGCAGAAAAAUCCUUUGCAAUUGCAAAGAGAUCCUGUGAGUUUCCGGAAAAUUUACGAGAUGUCUCAUCUAUGUGUCCAAAAUGCUCGUCUUUUUGGUCCAAUGGUGCUCUCAAUUUGCGCAUAAAAUCACCAACAAAGGACACGAAAAGGCGUACACGGAAUUUCGUGAUAAAACACUACAGAGAUAAGAAGAAUAUCAAAUUGAGGAGACUUUCGCGGAAAUUAGCUCUUAUCAAUUUCAAAUCAGCGGAAUUUACAUGUAGGAUCUGCGGGGAAAUAACGAAAAUUCCAAUGUUAAAAUUGGCCAGCAAAAAGGUUUCAGUUGAUGAGAAGAAGAUUGGGAAUAUUUCACAAAAAAGUUGCCACCUACCUCCACAAGUUUCACCUACAAUUUCUAAGAGAAAAAAGAAGAAGAAGAAAAAGGAUCAAUUUGCAGGACUAAACAAAGAUGCUAUCCUUGCGAUAAAGACGAUGAAAUUAGAAAAUGUCCCGAAGAAACCCGCACAAGGACCGAGUAUUGGGAAAUUGGCUUCAAUUCUCAAGCAGAAGGCUUCAAUUUCGGGAAAUAAGCUCCACACGAUGCUAAAAUAGCUUUAUUAAAUAAUAGAGCUAUUUUUCACCACAUUCCCUCAUACUAAUAAAUAAUGCUGCCUAAUGCUCUUGCUGAGGAUGUAACCACCAAAGAUGCUAUUAGUUGAGUGGAAUUUGUGCUUUUACAAUCUGAAAAAGAUAUUUUGUACAAAAGAAAAAUUAAUAAAAGUUUAUUUAAAAAAAAA